GAUUAUUAUGAAUCGAUACUCGUGAUAUAUAUAAUAUGGUAUAAUAUAUAAAAUUUAUAUUAUCAUAUAAAUUUAUGUUUAUAAAUUUAAUGAUAAGCAAUAUAUUUAUUUCAUAAAUAAUUUUAUUGACAUUUUAAAAGAAAAAAUAGCAUUAAAUGAUAUGUUUAUAACCUUCAACAUUGAAUUUAUGUUAUAACGCAAAACAAAAAUUACUUCUAAGGAAUAAUGGAAGUUAACAUAGGAGACGUAGUAAUGCCUGGUGAUACUAUAAAAGAUAUUACAAUAAUUAACAAAAAAGAAACGAUUAUUUUAGGACCUGGGCUUCGUCGUGAAGCUGAUACAGUCUUUGCAUAUAAAGCAGGUAUAUUAAAGAAAACAGAACCAGCUGUAUAUUAUGUUGAUAGUUAUCAGAAACGAUAUGUACCAAAUCGUGGAGAACAUGUAGUUGGUAUAAUAACACAAAAAGGUGGUGAUAUUUUCAAAGUAGAUAUAGGUGCUAGUGAACAAGCAUCUCUUUCUUAUUUAGCAUUUGAAGGAGCUACUAAAAAAAAUCGUCCUGAUAUUCAAGUUGGAGAUCUUGUGUUUGCUAAGCUUUUAGUUGCUAGUAAAGAUAUGGAACCUGAACUCGUAUGUGUAGAUUCACAUGGUAAAGAAAAGAAAUUAGGUGCUUUAAGCUCUGAAGGCAUGCUUUUUACUUGUUCCUUGAGUCUUAUCAGAAAGAUAUUAAAUCGUAAUUCACCAUUAUUUAAAACACUUGCUCAUAAUCAAGCAUUUGAAGUUGCAGCUGGUAUGAAUGGUAGAGUCUGGGUCAAAGCAAGGACUAUUCAAGAAACAAUAGCAAUAGCAACUGCUAUUUUAGCAGUAGAAUAUGCUCCACCUAAUGGUAUAAAAAAACUAUGCUCUGAUAUUGAAAAGACCUUACUUUUAACUCAAUCUGCUGGUAUAGAUUAAUUGUAAUAAAAGAAAUAUCCAAUAUUACGUAUGAAUGAUUAUUUAUUGUAUUAAUAUUUUUAAUGAUUUUUAUAAAUAAAUCAAUAUGAUUUCUUAUGUGAAAUAUGAUGAUUAUAAUGACAACCAUUGUGACAACCAUUGUGAUAUAGAAUUAGAAUUAUAUAGUACAUACAUUAUUAAGUAUGCUGGUCAUGUAUACCGCUAUGAUAAUACAUAGUAUGUAAAUACUAUAAUUAAUGAAUACUUAAAAAAAAUAUAUUAGAAUUUUUUCUGAUUGCAA